CAGAAGACGAGACUAAGGGAUAUAGCCGGAGAAGCAAUCCAAAAGAAUUGGACAGUCAGGGAAACUUGUACAUAAGUUGAGGCAAGAGAAAUUGCAGUGGUGAAUCGGAUGGUUUUCCAUUUAUAUCAAAGAUCAAAUAGACAAGAACACCAAUGAUUAUUCCCCACAUGAGAAAGACACAGCUCAUACGAGUGCUUGUUGUUAGUGCAGUUAUAAGUAUUGUGGUUAUUUAUUCUGUAUUUCAAAUCGAUUCCGUUAAAAUUGCAGGAGCCAAGUUUCGAAACAACAUUCAUAAUAAGGUUAAUACGUUUAUCGAUGAAAAAUUCAGAGAUGCUGAUAAAUUAGUUCCUAUCAAGUCUUUGAAUGAUAAAUCAGAUAAAGACAGUUACUUAGAAAAGGUAGAUAAGCCUAAAGAUGGAGGUCAGAAGAAAGACAAGCGGGGAUUGGGAACGGACAGUAAAGUGAGAGCAGCAUUGAUUAUAGUUGUGAAUCAGAGAAACGAACUUCCUAGUCUUCUUUCGACCAUGACGAAUUACGAGGAGAGGUUUAACCACAAGUACAAAUAUGAUUGGGUCAUAGUGUCAUAUAAAUCCUUACUCAAUGACCAUAAAGAAGAAUUAGCAGCGAUUGCCAGUGGAACGAUCAAAUUCUUCGACUUAAAGUACCAAUCAGAAUUCUUAACUUAUAGAGAAAAUACUGAUAGGAAGAAAGUACGAGAUGGCAGAGCGAAGCUUCGACUUCCAAAAGAAUUUAGAAAACACAAUACCAUACAAGCAAGGCAUUUCACGAGAUUUCAAGCAGGUCAUUUUUACAAUAUCGAUACUAUUUGGAAUGAUUAUGACUAUUAUUGGAAGAUUCCCUCAGGCUCUCUGUUGACGUGUGACGUUGACUACGACGUAUUCGAGUUUAUGCAAACAAAUCAAAUCAAGUAUGGUUGGCUGUUAAUGGAUAAAUUGCCAGACCAAAUGCAUCGGAAUCUUUUGAAUCACAUUAAAGAUUAUGUACAAGAUAAAGAUAACAGCUACUUACCCAAUUCUGAUGAAGUUUCGAAUAGUCUUGAAUUUGUUCUUCAUCCUGAAACCAUUAACGAAUUAAAACAAAACCAAGAAGAUAUAUUCUGGCAAUUCGCUUCUUGCGCUUAUAAUCCAGAAUUUGAAUUGGCCGAUGCUAGGUUCUUUCGUUCAGCCCAGUACAUGCACUUGUUCAAUUACCUCGAUAACUUGAAUGGGGUUUAUUAUGAAUGUUGGAGAGAGGCUCACUUCAAGACAAUCGCAACAUCAUUAUUCCUUGAUUCAAAACAAGUUCAUUUCUUUAAUGAUCUAGCAGUACAGACCUACGCCUCCAACAACUGUCCUACAAACCUUGAUUUCUACAUUGACAAAAAAUGUACCUGUGAUCCUACAAAACAUAAUAAACAGUUUGCCGUCACCAAUAGAAUAAAAGGUACUUACCAAGUGAUGGCUCAAAGCGAUUGCGUUAGAGACUGGCACUCCAGUUUCCAUAGACCAUUGCCACCCUCCUUCCAAACUAGCGAGGAAUUUGAGUCUUUCUUUAGUAUUUUCAACCCCGAAAACUAAUAUUUCAUAGUAAUACCAUAGUAAUACCAUAAU